AUGUCUAGUGAAAAGGGUGAAGGAACAGAUCCAAAAUUAAGAAAUGGACCAGUCGUCGAUAGAGAAUGCACUGAUAUUUUUUGCCUAUUGCUUUUUAUUGUCUUUACUUUCGGUAUGUUUUUCAUAAGUGGUUACGCUUUCAAAAAUGGAGAUCCUCAUAGAAUUGCCUAACCUUAUGAUCCAGAUCAUCGGGCGUGUGGAGUUGAUGAGGAUGUAGCUGAUUAUCCCUACAUUUAUUUUGCUAACCCAACUAAUCCAAAGUAUCUUUAUGUGACAACCUGCGUAUCUGAAUGUCCAUAAGAGGAGAGUGAGCCUGCACCAUCAGCCAGACAUACUAAAAUAUCUCAUUUGGAAGAAGCCAAAACAAACUCAAAAUUACCAAGUGAAUUAAAGUGUUAACCAAAUUCCAUUGUUAAGAGUUGUAAAUAAAAUAUGUUGAGUACUAAUCCAGAAGAGGUCGUAGUAAUUUACAAUACUGAAUUAUUUAUGAAAACUGUGUGUUUACCAACCACCAAAUAAUAUUAUGAAACAGUAAAAGAUAAAAUUGAUGUUGAAACUAUGGAAAAAGUAUCAAAUGAUAUGAUCACAACUAAAUGGCUUAUUUUCGGUUCCAUUGGUAUAUCUUUAGUACUUGGAUUCAUAUUUUUGUUCCUUAUUGAAACAUUGGCUGGAUGCGUGAUAUGGACGCUGCUCUUAUUGUUAUUCAGUGUGUUAAUAGCUGGAGGAAUCUAUACCACUGGGUACUACUAUGCAUUGACUGAUCCUUCAAAAUUGCCAGCUUCAGCUCAAGCUGAAAUCGAUGCCCAAACUCUUUAAGAACAAGCAUAAGCAGAGAACGUUAAUCCUAAAAACUAUCUAUAUAUAGGAAUUACAUUAUUUUCUUUAGCAGGAUUGAUAUUACUUGUUGUGUGUUGUAUGUAUUCGAGAAUUCGGCUUGCAAUUGCCAUACUUGAGACAGCCUGCGAUUAUGUUCAAGCCAAUUUUACAGUUGUUGUCCUUCCAUUUGUAACCUUUUUCAUCAUGCUUCUUUAUUUCAUCUAUUGGUUCGUUGUUGCAUUGUAUUUAUACAGUUCUGGGGAAACUACAAGCAAACCUAAACAAUUGCCUUUUGGAUAGUUUUCAUUUACUUAAAAUUAAAAAAUAUUCGCCAACAUUCACUUAUUUGGUUUACUAUGGAACUCUUCAUUUAUCAUAGCAUCAGUUGAAUUUAUUAUUGCUGGUUCUGUCUGCAUUUGGUAUUUCUAAUAAGGACCAAGAGCUUAAGAAGGAGGUCCUAUUCCUUUGCCAACUGCUAUUGGAAGAUUCUUUAGAUAUCAUUUAGGAACAGUUGCUUUUGGAUCAUUAAUUUUAGCCAUCAUUGAAUUCAUUAGAAUUUGGUUAGCCUUCCUUUAUAAAUAACAAGAAGAAUUAAUUAAGAAAAACAAGUUCUUUGAAUACUUAUUUAAAUGCUUGAUGUGUUGUAUGUGGUGUUUCGAGAAAUGUGUCUAAUAUAUAAACAAAAAUGCUUAUGUCGUUAGUAAUAUGACAGGCAAAGGUUUCUUCCAUUCAGCCAAAGAGGCAAUUUUCUUGAUUGCAAGAAACCCACUUAGAUUUGCAACAGUGGGAGGAUUUGGAGAAAUAUUUAUAGCUUUAGGAAGAGGUUUUAUUGCCUUGUUAACAGGUCUAUUUUGUUAUAUUGUGAUAACAAGAACUGAAAAGUUCAAAUAUAAUGUAACUUAUCCAGAAGCACCUUCACUUUUAUGUGGUGCCAUAGGUUUAGUUGUUGGAUCACUAUUCAUGUCAAUCUAUGGAGUUGCAUGUGAUGCAAUAUUGAUUGUCUUUGUAAUGGAUGAAGAAAUGGAAAAAUAAAAUGGAAAAGGAGUUGCUUUGUGCUGUCCACCAAAACUAGAGAAGUUCUUGGAAGAUCAAUGAUAUUAUAUAAAGUAUACAAUAAAUUCAUAACAUUAUUUUAAAUAA